UGAAUCAUCAAGUGAUGAGCAGCCAUUACCAUUUGGUGUGGUUAGAUUCCUGUCUUCAAGAAACACUCCUACCAGGCUCUCCUUGGACUAAGAUUAAAGAUGUAAUCAAUGCAAGGCUAGCCACCAAGGUGGAAACAUUUUGCAAACAUUCUCAAACUGAGAGGAUUCAAUCUUUGUUGCAUCUGCUGGGAAGACAGUUUGUUGAGACAUACCUUGGCAGUUUAACUCUCUACAACCAGGUCAUCCAAGAUAAACCAGAUCUCUCAGAUUCUUACAAAGAAGAAGCAGAAGCAUGGCUGAAAACAGCACUUAAUGAGAUCACAAGAAGCCUUGGGUUACAAUGGAGAGAGAGCAGCGAUGCUGUGUCUAGAGAUAUAUUGGAGUUUGUUGGGUUUGCACAGCAAACGGUGUACAGAGGAAUGGAGAGGGAAUUGGCAGCAACAGAACCAAAGAUUGCUCAUGAUCAUCAAAAGGGUUUAUCAAACAAACGCCAGCCAAGUCUUCUUGGAUACAGUCACCAAAGUGAAACUCUUGGCAAAGCUGUGGCUGCCCUCCUCAAAAAACACCCCUCUCAACUCGGCCACAUCUGUGAACAACUCCAAGGACGACCAUUGACCAAUUCCUUAAGACACCUGAUUUGGUCUACAAGAUUACUUAGAAUUAAUCUGGAUGGAGAAAAAUCACACAAAGACUUAGAAACUGUUAUGGAAGAAUUAAGAUCUCAGUUUGAAGUGACUCUUUCAUGGGGUUUAAAAGAACUGGGUGUGUCAAAUGCAGUUCACUCCCCCAUAGCAGGGGUCAUAGAACAUGCUGUCUCCGAGGCAUACAAAUACAGACAUGGUUUACACAGUGAAUUGGUAACAGAUAUGCAAAGAAGGCUAGCAGUGGAAGGACUGAAUGUGCUGUAUGUCUAUAAUAGGAGUUAUGAACCUCAGUAUGCCGUGCUGGUGUAUCCACUGAUUGUUGGUGCUCUCAAUGAAUAUGACAAUGCAAGAAACUCUUAUCCCCAAGAUGUGGCUCAUAAGCUUGCAAUAGCCCUGCACCUUUUGCUCAAAAAUUGUUUCCCAACAAGGCUGCAAAUUUUUAGCAUGGCUGAUCAUGUCAUGCAAAGACUGCAACAAGAAGAUGAAGAGCUGUACAAUCACCUCACAAGCGAAACACUAAAGAACAUUCCUUCCAACCCAAGAGAAUUCCUGGUCAAUUUUAUACACACUGAGAAAGAAAAGGCCAUGUUAGCAGAAAGACAGGCAGUGAGAAGUUCAUUCGAAUCAUUGCCAUCUGAUGCAAAAGAGCUGCUGUUCCAUCCUGUUAUGUUUAUAAGAAAAUGGAUGGGGGAGGGCUUUGUUGGCAUUCUGGGAGUCCAUGCUGUCAUGCUUGUGUGGGAUCAAUUCUUCCUCAGUAACUGGAAGCACAAUGUAAUGGAGAACACAUGUCUUGUCAUUCUCCAGCUCUUGAGAACACACAUUUUAGAAGCUGAAGGUUAUAUGGGCAUCAGAAGGAUUUUGUUGGAUCAACCUUCUGAGCUGUUCACUGUGGAUGUUCAAAAAGGAUUAUCAUACCUGGACAAUGGAGGAGCAUUGAUUGACGUUGGAUCACUUAGACAGCCAACUCCUGUCCCAUCACCCUCAGAGCAUAGCGAAAUUGUACCCAGCCCAGUGCCAUCUGCAUCUGAAUCUCCUCAGUCAUCACUGUCCAGACCCAUCAGUAGACGCUCUACACCCAGUACUCCUGUCCAAGCAGAUCCUGUGGAAUUAUGGGUUGAGACCAAAGCGACAUCAUCACCCAUUGAAGAGAGUACUAACUAUGAUUCAUUUGAUGUUUAUAUUGAUGAAGUGAGGUUUUUACCUGACAAUGCUACUGUUAUUAAGGUUACUGGCCGUAUUUUGGGACCUUUUUGGAAGACACCUGAGACUUUAGAGGUCUCAGACAUUGAGGCAUUUCCAAUGUUAGAUUCAUCAGCAAGAUGUCCUAAAUUUCAUUAUAAAUACACUGUGAGUGCUCCUGAGAGUGGCAUUCAGGAAGAAGUUAUGAUGCUGCUGAGAAUCUACACACUGGAUGUUAACAGUGGAGAAUUGAUUGUUAUUGGGAACAGCAUAAUCAGGAUUUUCACUGAAAAAGGAGACGAUGAGUGGCGUCUCAAAGCUGGAGGACAUCAGCACCCCCUGAAACAUAUUCUUCCAUCCACUGUGGCCAAACUUACAGAGGAAUCUUUUGAUGACAUAACAAAGGUUCCUGUCUGUUCAGUUCUGAUCAGGCUCUUACCUCAUUCAGAGGAGUUCAUUGAGUCCCCUGGUUAUGCUAGUGGAUUCUAUGUCAGUGAUCAGUGUAAACCCAAUGAAUCAGAGUUGCGCAUAUUCCCAAGGUUCCAAAGCCAUCAUGCUUAUCCUCCUACAGUAAGAGAGGCUGUGCGUGACGUCAAAGAAGGAGAAACAAAUCAUGAUGCAGAAGAAUUUGACUUCACAAGUGAUCAAGUUGUCACUCAGUGGUAUCAACAAAGGACAAGCAAACACAUUCUGAUGAGGGAGCCAGCCAAACCAAUGGACCUUAUCAAAGUUGUGCAGUAUGACCAGAAUCAAGGUUUAUCCAUAAUGGUUGAACAGGCAUUUGGCCUCCCAAACACACACUUUGUAAAUGCCCUGUUACAUGUGUCUCCCGGACGUGAUGUUCAAGGAAAAGAAGCAACAGAAGAAGGCUAUGGUGGAGAAGAGAAGGCGUUGGUAAAACAAAGGGACUUCAACAGCUACCAGAAAUCACCUAAAUGGAUAGACCCAUUCAUGGUGUUUCACCCUCACUGGGAUGACAUGACAGUUUUGUUAAUAAGGCUGUACUCCCUUGAUGCUUCAUAUACCCCUCGCACUGAUGGAGCUGGACCAGGCUCUGUUGCUGAUCGAAAAGGAAAGACUUUGACUCUUGUGCCAGCUGGAUGGACCGUACUCAAGCUCUUUACUAGGGAGUACGUGAAUGCUGGAGUGCACUAUUUACCUCUCUUUGAAGGGACUCCUAGUACAACUUUCCUAGAAUUUUUAUCCAAUCAUCCAGUGGAGACAAGUUUACAAGAAGCAAUCAAACAACACAUACACACUUUAUUGGGCACCUCUUGUGUGGCUAUCCGCCUUUGGGAUGCACAUUACUCCCCAGAUGAAUGCAUUCCUUUACCAGUCAAGGAAGAACUUUUAUCUCUUGGAAGACGAGACAGAUACAAGAAAACAAUUCAGACAACUUCAGGGAAGUUGAUAUCUGAUGUGAUACUACAGACUCUCACUCGGCAGGAACGGAAACAAGGUGUGGUAGGGAGUCAGUACAUUGCUGAGAAAGAACACUAUGAAGAGGCUAUGAAUGGUGCAUUCAAUGAUCUUUUGGUUGAUGUUCUUCUCCAGAAUGGCCUGGGACCAUUGACAUGAUGGUGAAAGAGAGUCUGAUUUUUUUUUAAUGAUAUUAAAAAAAGUAGAUUUGACAUAAUGAAGUCCAUCUUGCAGUUUUAGAUUUUUUAUUCAGUAAUUUAUUUUAAAUUUGCACAAAGCACUGGUAGACUAAUGUGUAAAAUAUGCGAGUUGUUUUUGUACAGAAGACAAGGCUAGACAGGCAAAAAAAUUGUACAGACUUGUGAUAACUUUUUUUUUUUUUAUGAAAUACUUCACAACAAAACUGUUGAUCAUUGAGAGUCUGAGUGAGUUUCUUUCAUUGUCAAACUUUCAAGGGCUUUUAUUUUCAAUCUGGCCAAGAUCCUCUGGCAUCUGCUAUACAAAAAUGCAAUGCUUCUAAAUUUCUUUAUCCCAAUCAACUUCUCCAGUUUUCAAGAAGUGUUUGGUUCUUUCUUUCAAAGAGAAAGAAAUUUGUUGUUUUGAUGAGACUGAUUGAAAUGUCGAGCUUGACACCAUAAGUAUUUUUUUGUCUACAUGUUGUAUUACAGGUGACCUUUUAACAUUCAUUUGUCCCCUAGUCCAAGAUUUGCUUGGAAAAAUGCACCAUCCCCUUGAGUCGCAGUCUGAAAAUGAAAAACAAAAACAAGGGAAGAUUUUAAUAAGGAGCAGAUCUUGAUUAUUUAUUUAUUUAUUAAGUAAUUCUUAUCCUGAUUAUCAAUGCUGAUGAUUACUUGUUUGCCCUGAGCCAUGAGAUUUUCUUUUAAUUCAAAGACUUGCAUCAUUUCAAAUAAUCAUCAUGCAAUAAACAAUAUGACAGGAUCUUUACAAUGUACAACAUUUAUUUUCUUACAAUACUAUAUUAACUUGCAACAUCAUUUACUUUUGAGAAUAGAAAUUAACCUUCAUGAAA